AUGACCAAGACCAAUGGAAUUCCGAUGGAUGUGACCAACAAAAGUCCAAUGGAUUUCCCACGGAAUGCAAGCAAGCAGGGCUUGUUACUAGUAUUAUUACUGAAAAAGAAAUCACAUGGCAAGUUGUGUGAUGAAUCCGUCACACCAACACAAUUUCUUCCCACCCUUCCUCUUCUCCCCCCAUCACCACCCUCUGUCCCUCGUUUCGGUGUAGAACUAUGUUUAUGGGUCCCACAGCACCACGAUCCAUUACCAGCUCGCAUACAACACCCACACACCCUCCACCCCGCUUCCCCACCCUCUUUUACCAAUUACCUUGCCCAUCCACGUGUGGCACCCACACACUCUUCAACUCCCAUUUCCCAUUGUUUAUAUGGCACCCACACACUCUUCCACUCCCUUUCCACCAAUGGUGCCCAGCUGCACCAAGAUACCUUUGAUAAAAAACGGUCAUCGGCAAUCGCCGAUGCUUGA